UGAAAAUGGAAUAAUACAUCAGAUCUCGUGUGUCGAAACCUCUCAACAAAAUGGGAGAGUAGAACGGAAGCAUCGUCACAUACUUAAUGUUGGCCGUGCAUUGCAUUUUCAAGCUAAUUUACCCAUUGAGUUUUGGGUAGAAUGUGUAUUAACAGCAGGGUACUUGAUUAAUCGAACUCCGAGCACUUUGUUAGGAGGGAAAACGCCUUAUGAAGCUUUGUAUGGGCAACCUUCCUCAUAUGCAAAUGUUUGAGUUUUUGGUUGUUUGUCCUAUGCUCAUAAUCAUGGACAUGGAGGGGAAAAAUUUGCAAGUAGAAGUAGACGAAGUGUCUUUAUUGGUUAUCCCUAUGGAAAGAAAGGUUGGCGUUUGUAUGAUUUGGAGUCUAGAAAGAUUUUUGUCUCAAGGGAUGUUACAUUUUUAGAACAUGAGUUUCCGUAUAUGCAUAAAAAAGUCAAUGAACGAGGUAAGGAGGAAAAUGUACUCUUCAAUGAUACUGGUGUGGAAGAUGAGAUAAUGGAAUCAUGUGUUAAUGAAUCUUUUGUUUUGACUAGAAAAACAAGUGAUGAGAUUGAACAUGGUGAGUUCCUUGAUGACAUUGGAGCAGAUUCAGGAAAUGGUGAUGGUGUAGAUAAUGAAUUACAAGAGAAUUUAGAAGAAUAAAGGAACAUCGGUGUCAUUGAAGAUGGUCAAGAACAAUUGAUGGUUCAAUUAGGGCGUGGUCAUAGGCAACGACAACCGUCCACAAGAUUGAGAGAUCAUGUUAUUCAUAUUGUACAACUAUUGAGCCUUGCAGAAAGCCCCUUUAAUAGCUCACCUAUCCAAACAUGUUCCUUAGGUAGUCCUUAUCCUAUAAAACGUUAUGUGAAUUGUGAUAAAUUUUCUUUGCAACAUUGUGCAUUUUUGGCAGCUGUUACUGCAGGAAGUGAGCCAAAGUCUUUUGUUGAGGCUAUGAAAGAUAGCAUGUGGAGGGAUGCAAUGAAGAAAGAGAUGCAGACAUUAGAAGAUAAUGAAACAUGGACUCUAGAACCACUACCACCAGGAAAAUGAGUCAUCAGUUGUAGGUGGGUGUACAAGAUCAAAUACAAUGCAAAUGGGACAAUUGAGCGCUACAAGGCACGUUUGGUUAUCCUUGGGAACAAGCAACUUGAGGGGAUUGACUAUAAUGAAACGUUUGCUCCAGUCGUGAAAAUGGUCACGGUGCGUACCUUUCUUGCUGUGGCAGCAGCUCGAAAUUGGGAAAAUUCAUCAGAUGGAUGUUCAUAAUGCAUUCUCACACGGUGACUUAGCGGAAGAAGUUUACAUGUGUCUGCCUCCUGGCUUUGGCACAGGAAAGUCAGGGAUGGUUUGUCGCUUGAAGAAAUCGUUGUAUGGUCUAAAACAGGCGCCAAGGUGUUGGUUUGCAAAGUUGAUGGCAGCAUUGAAAACAUACGCAUUCAAACAAUCUUACUCGGAUUACUCCCUUUUCACCUUUCUCCAAGGUAAUGUGCAGAUCUAUGUACUUGUCUAUGUCGAUGACCUCAUUGUUUCCGGUAAUGAUCACAGAACCAUUCAACUUUUCAAGAGAUAUUUGAGUGAUUGUUUUCAUAUGAAAGACUUAGGGGCGUUGAAGUAUUUUUUGGGCAUAGAAGUGGCUCGAAGUCCUGAAGGGAUUUUCUUGUGUCAACGUAAGUAUGCUUUGGACAUUGUUUAUGAGGCUGGUUUACUUGGAGCGAAGCCUGCCUCAUUCCCGAUGGAGCAAAAUCAUAAUCUAGCUCUAGCUGAAGGACCUUUUCUUCCUGAUCCUGAGUGUUAUAGGCAUCUGGUGGGAAGACUUAUCUAUCUCACAGCAACACGUCCAGAGUUAUCCUACUGUGUGCAUAUUCUCGCACAAUUUAUGCAGCAACCACGAGAGCCUCAUUGGGAGGCCGCAUUGCGUGUGGUUCACUACUUAAAAGGUAAUCCAGGGAAAGGAAUACUGUUGAGGUCAGAUAGUGAUUUACAGAUGUAUGCUUGGUGUGAUUCAGAUUGGGGGAGUUGUCCUUUGACUCGCAAGUCUCUUUCUGGAUGGUUCAUUCAACUUGGAAAUUCACCUAUAUCAUGGAAAACUAAGAAACAACAUACGGUUUCUCGUUCCUCGGCCGAGGCAGAGUAUCGAUCGAUGGCUGUCACCACAUGUGAGUUGAAGUGGUUGAAAGAAUUGUUGGUAGCACUCGGCAUACAAUACCCAAAUCCGAUAAGACUUUGUUGUGACAGUCAAGCAGCCUUACAUAUUGCUGUAAAACCCGUGUUUCACCGGCGGACUAAACAUAUUGAAAUAUACUGUCAUUUUGUUCGGGAUGAGAUUCAAAAAGAAUGUAUUCGCCCAACAUAUGUCACAACAAAAACUCAGGUGGCCGACAUCUUCACAAAGGCACUGGACAGGCGACAAUUUGAAUGCUUACUCAGCAAGUUGGGCAUUAGCAACCUACAUGCUCCAACGAGGGGGGAUGUUGGAAUUAGCAGUAAAUUUGGAAUCAAGUAGCACUGGUAUAUUAAUAUUAAUUGUUGUAAAUAAUAUUUGUUAUCUUGUAAAUUAUUAGGGGAGAUAUGAUUAUAAUUCUGUCAUUUAUAGGCAGAUA